AUGUCAACUCCAUCAUACGCACCAACUGCGACACAGAGAAACCCUUCAUACAACAGAAUCAAAAAUUCUUCCAUCAACUUAGAUCAAGAAGUUUCCCUUUUCAAUACAGUACAACAACGUGAAAUUUAUGAAUCUUUAGCAGAAUUAUUUUCCAUAAUCACGGUAUUAGACUUCAUUGAAAAGGCAUAUAUCAAAGAUACUUUAAAUGAAGAUGGUGAAGAUCAAUAUACACCUACAGUACUACGGCUUCUUGCUCAAUAUAAUACCAUUUUGAAAAAUCAAGAUGUUGUUAAAGAAUUCAAAUCAUUAGAUCAUUUCAAGAAACAAUAUGGAUUGAAUUGUCCCUCUGCUACUUCAAGAAUUGAAAUUGGUGUACCUGCAACUGUGGAACAUGCUAUAAACGUACCAAGUACAACAGGAUCAGGAAAUGGUGCUGGUGGUAGUGGGAAUGGUGGUAUUGGUGCUUCUUCGAGAGCAGUUGCUGAAGCCACGGGAAAUUUCAUUACAUGUAUGGAUGCAUUAAAAUUGAAUUAUAAGGCAAAAGAUCAAUUACAUCCUUUAUUAUCUGAUUUAAUGACUUCUGUUAAUAAAGUUAGUGGGAAUAAAGAAUUUGAUGGUAGAAGUAAAUUAAUUGAAUGGUUAAUUAAAAUUAAUAAAUUGAAUAUUAAUGAAGAAAUUUCUGAAGAUGAUACAAGACAAUUAUUAUUUGAUCUUGAUAAUGCUUAUAAAGGGUUUUAUACAAUGUUGGAAUAA